CUCAGGGAGAUGAGCUAGAGAACUGACAGACAUAGUCCUCUCUGUUACUGCAGACAGCAGGAGCGCUUGACCAGCAGCAACGACAAUGCCUAACAUGGCAGAACGGAUUUAGCCACUGUAGCAAUUACGGCAACAAUUUAUAUAUUAGAGAAUAUCAGACGAUAUUGUAAUAUUGUUGAAGGUCUCUAGAACUGGUGUGUUUCUACUGCAUCGUCUGUCAUGGCAUCCCCCAUUGGUACCCUAGAGAAUAAUCUGCACAGCGCCCAGAAGAACCUGCUCUUCCUCCAGCAGGACCAUGCCAAGACACUGAAAGGUCUACAUGCAGAGAUCCGCAAACUACAACAGCACUGUACAGACUUGACAUAUGAGCUGACCGUGAGAAGUUCAGAUCCAACAGACAGCAGUGAGGCACGCUGCAGGGAGCUCCACAGUAAGUGUGAGGAGCUUGAGGCUCAGCUGAAAGUGAAGGAGGAGGAGAACACUGAGCUGCUGAGGGACCUGGAGCAGAAGAAUGCCAUGAUCUCUGUCCUAGAGAACACCAUCAAGGAAAGGGAGAAGAAGUACCUGGAGGAGCUGAAGAUGAAGAGCCACAAGCUGGCUGUCCUGUCUGGAGAGCUGGAGCAGAGAGCCAGCACCAUCGCCUACCUCACCUCUCAGCUCCACGCCACCAAGAAAAAGCUCCUGGCAGGCAGCUCCUCUGAGGCCAGCCCCAACGUCAGCCCUGUGAGCUCCUACAAGCCCACCCCUCCCAAAGCCAAGGACCGUCAGUCUGGCCCUGAGACCCCUCUACGCCGCAUGAAGAAGAGCCUGUCUCAGCCGCUGCACUCUGAGUUAACCGAGCUGUACCGGCUGGGUUCUGAUGGGAGGAGGAUGGUCCUAUGGGAGGCGGUGGACGCCAUGCCCGACCCCACCCCAUUUCUGCAGGCAGCUCGAGACACGCCUGAUUUACAGAUGGUACGAGACCGGCCUGCCGUCAUCCCCCCCAUCGCCUGUGAUCGCUCGUCCAGCCCCCGCCACAGCCCGGCACGGGACCGUCAGCACCGGGCACACGUGGGCGUGGCUCACCGCAUCCACCACAGCACCCCUCCACUAGCGCCGUCUCAGCCAGAGGUGGAGAUGCUGGCUGUGGACCAAGUCAAUGGGGACAAGGUGGUGAGGAAGCGAUCUGGGGCGGACAGAACAGUUUAACACACAACAUGAGCGGGAAGGAGCAUCACCUACUGUAUAAUCAGCUGCUUUUUAUGCAAUUCUGCAACGAGCAAAAGAAAGUAAAAUGGAAAACAGACAAAAAAGAAAAAUGUAUCUUUGUUCAUGGUCCUCCUUCAAAAAACGUUUUUAAUAUGUAGACACGGACUACUGUAAGCAUGCCAAAUGUUUUGUUUUGAAACCCAUGUGACUUACACAUCCUGUCCUUUUUGCAUUGUCUCUCAUCUCACUCCAUCUUACAUCGUGCACAUAAACUUCUGCGCCAAACAUCUGCAUUAUUGCCUGCUUACCUGGUGAAUCCAAUACACAUCGUCAUAGUUACUACUACAGUUAAGUUAUCCAUACUUCCAUCUGGUCAGCAAUACUGUCCAGACAGAUAAACAAGCUAUAUGAAGUCUGCAGCUACUUACAUGUUAUAGAAGUUAACUUAUUAAACUAAUACUCCCUGAAUGUUUUUCAUGUUGUGAUGUUAAUACAUUAACAGAAACAAAUCACACAAAUGAAUUGGUAAUUGUCUAGUUAUCACACAAAUGAAUUGGUAAUUGUCUAGUUAUCACACAAAUGAAUUGGUAAUUGUCUAGUUAUCACACAAAUGAAUUGGUUACAUGUCAUGGGCAUUUCUCAGACAUCAUCUACACAGAACUGUCUGAUCUAUGUGUCUGUGAUAUCUGUAAAUAUGGGAUGGAUUUUUUUCUUUGUUUUACUUUUAAUAUAGAAAAAUACAUCUCAAGUAUCGGAAAGUGGCAUAAUCACUUAUUGUCAUGCUUCUCACAUCACACUUACUCGUCCUUGAAUACUAUGUAUAUGACAAUAUAAUAAAGCAGUCUUUUUUUGUUA